UGUGCCAGCCACAGUACACAGCCUCAAUAAAGAGGAGCCCCAGGUCAGCCAGACACCCCUGGUUUCCUGUACACUCUGGCCCUUUAUUCCACAGGGUACUGGAGAGGAGUGUCCUUAAAGAAGGGUGAGUGUGCCAGCAGAUAGGUAGGUGCAUAGCUGCAUACCCAGCCACAUGUGGUAUUCUCAAGACAGAUGGCAGUAUCCCUGGAGCUGUUUGAUACCCCAGCUUCUAGGCUGAACUCCUUUGUGGCUCAGUGCCAGCAUAACAUCAAGGCAUGGAAAGAAGACGUGGUGAAGGCUGUGCAGUCCGUGGAGAAGUUCCUGAAGAAGCAGCACUUCCGGGGGGACCAUGGGCUGGACCAGAAGGUGCUGAAGGUGAUCCAGGUGGGCUCCUUCGGGAAUGGCACGGUACUCAGGAACCACGUGGAGGUGGAGCUGGUGAUGUUCCUGAGCGGUUUUAGCAGCUUCCAGGAGGAAGCCAGCAACCACAAUCACCACGAGCACGUUCUGAGCAUGCUCUGUGAAAAGCUCACGGAUUGCCCGGAUCUGCUUCACCUCCAGCCCCAGAACCUGAGGCUGGUCCACGGAGUCACCUCUGCUGUCGCCUUUGCCAUUCAGACCUGGGAGAUGGAAGAGCAAGUCACUGUCACCAUCGUGCCGGCCUUCAGGGUCCUGAGGCCUUCUGUUCCCAACUUUUAGCCCUCCCCAGAGGUCUAUGUGAGACUGAUUAAGGCCUGCUGUACUCUUGGACAGUUCUCCCCAUCCUUCAGCGAGCUGCAGAGAAACUUCGUGAAAUACAAGCCAACCAAGCUGAAGAGCCUCCUGCGGCUGGCAAAACACUGGUACCUGGAGUAUAUGAAAGCCAAGUGCCCUAGGGCGGAGCUGCCCCCAAUGUAUGCCCUUGAGCUACUGACCGUCUAUGCCUGGGAAACGGGUACUGAGGAGAAAGAGCGUUUCAGGUUGGACAAAGGCCUGAUCACUGUGCUGCUGCUGCUCACGAAGUAUCAGCAUCUCUGCAUCUACUGGACCAAGUACUACACGUUGCAGAACCCGGUCAUUGAGGACUUUGUCAGAAACCAGCUCAAAGAAAAGAGGCCCAUCAUCUUGGAUCCGGCUGACUCCACCUACAAUGUGGCAACAGGCUACAGAUGGGAUAUAGUGGCUCAGAGUGCCCGACAUUGCCUGAAACAGUCCUGUUGCUAUGACAACAAUGAGACAUGCAUCCCCAACUGGAAACUGAAGUUUUUCUAUCACAAGGCAUGUGGGAUCUUAGUUCCCCAACCAGGGAUCAAACCCACACUCCCUGUACUGGAAGGUGAAGUCUCAACCACCGGAUCACCAGGGCAAUCCCUGAAGGGCACGUUUGUCCUCAGACAGCAGAAGGUGGAUUUAACCCCCCUCUGUCCUCUCCCUUCCAGUUUGCAUGAGACAUCAAGGUGACAGUGGAGCAGUGGGGCUGUGUGGAUUUCAUCAUCCAGGUGAACCCUUAUGAGACCAUACAGAAGCUUAAAGAGAAGACCCAGUGUAAGCUGGAGUCCUCGGCCCCACAGCAUCUGUCCUUCCAGGAUCCUGGUGCAGAGCGACAGGUCCUCAGGAACAUCUCCUCCUUGGCAGAUUACAGUAUCUUCUCUGACGCUCGCGUCUCUCUGCUGCAGAUCGUCUCUCCUGAGAUGCAGGUCUUUGUGAAGAAUCCCUGCGGUGGGAGCCACACCUAUGCCAUUUACUCCAGCAGCUUAGUCCUUGACCUGAAGUGUCAGAUUGAAGUGAGGGAGGGGCUACUCAGAAAGAAGCAACAGCUAGAGUUCCAAGGACAAGUCCUGCAGGAUGAGUGGAGUUUGAGUUUCUGUGGUGUCUGAGACAGCACCACCCUCAUCCUCUCCAAGAAGACAGCUGAAUAGGUUCCAUUUCCACCCAGUUAGUCUCCUCUGAAACAUCUCCCUGUGCGUUUUUGCUGUUUAAUCUAGGUCCCAUGGAUUUCACCUAACCUUGCCAGUAGAGGGAUGACAAGGGAUAUGAGACUAGGUAUGCAAACCAACAAUAGCCAGAGCAUGUUUGACAAUAGAAUUCUGACCCACAAGCUCUGCAGCCACCAGUCUGGAAGCCAAACCAUUGUAUCAAUCAACUGGAAACCAUCAGGAUUUGAUCAACAACUACUAGCUUCCCUAUUCCCUCCCUUCCAAUUAGGACUGAUGAAAGAAAUCCAAACAAGCUCCCUGACCAAUCAUAUAGGAUGCUCUGCUUCUAAUUAGCCCACCUCCAGCUUCCCAUGCAAACAACCUCAAUCGGGGUAUACCUUAAGCCUUCUCUUUAUGCCAUGAUAAAGCUGUCUCACCUCCCUCCUUGCCUUGGUGUCUUUGCCAAAGGCAAGGGAUGGUGGCUAACCCCCUGGCUAUAGUGAGUUGGGAAUAAAUAAUCUUCGUUUGUU